UUGAGAGAGGGAGAGAGAGAUAGGGACAAGAGUGGCCCAUCAAUGCUGUGACCAAGCACAGGAGCUCAACACACACCCCUAACUCUAAUCGCAAGCAUCUCGAUUCCGGGAAGUCCUGCAACACCUCGAACCCUCGUCCACUUUCCCACCUUCACAGAUCAAAACACGGGCACUAAGGGCCUUCUGUCCGGUUUUAAAGUGGACCUAACACCGCCUUACUUUCUUGACAUGGGAGACAUGGGGGAUCCACCAAAAAAAAAGCGUCUAAUCUCGUUGUGUGUCGGCUGUGGGAAUCAAAUCCAUGACCAGUAUAUUCUGCGCGUGUCCCCGGAUCUGGAGUGGCACGCGGCGUGUUUGAAAUGUGCAGAAUGUAACCAGUAUCUGGACGAAUCCUGUACAUGUUUUGUCCGAGAAGGAAAAACUUACUGUAAACGGGACUACAUCAGGUUAUACGGGAUCAAAUGUGCUAAAUGCAACAUUGGUUUCAGCAAGAAUGACUUCGUGAUGAGAGCACGCUCGAAGGUUUAUCAUAUUGAGUGUUUCAGAUGUGUGGCGUGUAGUCGGCAGCUCAUCCCAGGAGAUGAGUUCGCUCUGCGGGAAGACGGGCUCUUCUGCAGGGCCGACCAUGACGUGGUGGAACGGGCAACAAUGGGUGCUGGUGACCCAUUAAGCCCAUUACAUCCGGCGAGACCUUUACAAAUGGCAGAGCCCAUUUCGGCACGUCAGCCUGCGCUUCGACCCCAUGUGCACAAACAACCUGAGAAAACAACCCGCGUCCGGACAGUCCUAAACGAAAAACAGCUCCAUACCUUGAGGACUUGUUACAAUGCCAACCCUCGACCCGACGCCCUCAUGAAAGAGCAGCUCGUUGAGAUGACGGGUCUCAGCCCGAGAGUCAUCAGGGUUUGGUUUCAAAACAAGCGCUGCAAGGACAAAAAGAGGAGCAUACUGAUGAAACAACUCCAGCAGCAGCAACCCAACGACAAAACGAACAUCCAGGGGAUGACGGGGACUCCAAUGGUGGCGACUAGUCCAGAGAGACACGACGGUGGUUUGCAGGCAAACCAAGUGGAGGUGCAGAGUUACCAACCGCCUUGGAAAGUCCUCAGUGACUUCGCGCUGCAGAGUGACAUCGACCAGCCUGCUUUCCAGCAACUGGUGAAUUUUUCUGAAGGAGGGCCAGGCUCGAACUCUACAGGGAGCGAAGUCGCUUCAAUGUCCUCGCAACUGCCAGAUACACCAAACAGCAUGGUAGCGAGUCCUAUAGAGGCCUAGGCGAGUGGAUUAUCUCCUGCACCUGAAGUUUGGGAAAGGACGUGUCUGGGAAACCAAUCUCAGAGAGAGGCUCGUGAAGUUUCUUCCAUCCCUAUCAUUAGGGCCGCUCCUGAAUAAAAACCCAUUAACCAACUGCACGAGGCCUCUAUAUCGAAACAACCCUUGGUUGUAUUUAUACACUGUGAUGACAAUCAUGGGAUUUAAACACACUCCAACCGAGCAAGUCCAACGAGUGUUGCGAAAAGACCAUUUAAACUCCAGCGAAAGUGGAUCCAGCCGGCGCACGUAUUCACACACCGAACUUGACGUGAUCAUUGCAGUGCUCCGCAGCCGAGUGGACCUGGUCGGCUACACUUUUGCCAAAAACCCCUCCACAUUUUUUUCCACUUUUAUGACAAAUCAAUGGACCUCUACGGAUAUAAGACGCAAGAGAACUUAGUCUAAUAUAUACAUUCAUAUAGCCUACUUUUGUGCGCAACGUGAGUAGCCUAUAAUGAAACCAUGACUGUUUAUUCUGUUUCUAUAAAAAGACCGAAAUGGACUAGUUCACAAAAGAGGGUAGUAUGGCAGCCGAGGUCUACUGCGAUUACAGUUUUGUUAUAUGGUCUCUUUUCAAGCCCAACUAAAGCAUUGCAACAAGGUAUACCUCUAUUUUGCCACAAGCUGUGUGGGAAUUUCAUGUGUUCGUGUCCGUCCAAGAACUUUUUUCUUUCCCAAAGAUGUGUAUAGGUUUAAGUUAAGUUAAUAUGACUGAUUAGCUCUGGAGGUUUCGUUUUGUUCCUGUAUUACAAAAUAUUUUAUUAUUUAUUGUCGGAAGACAUGCCACUUUUGUGUACUUUUACUUGCUGAAGAAGUAAAAAGGAAGAAAAGAAUAUUGUCGACUCCGAAUGAUCUAUCAUAAUUGACGUGUCCUGUCGUUUGAUCAAAGACUGAUGUAAGAACAACGCCAUAUGUAGAGUUAUCUUCAGGAAUAUUUGAUCAAUAAAAAUUUGACGUGUACUGUAAGUAAACGGUCGGACACGUGGGGGUUUCUUAAAUGUGACAGUUUUUAUAGCCUAUAUGUUUCUCGCAUGUCAAAAUGAGGUUUGGCUAUUAUAAUAUAUCACACAGAAGGAGAUAAGGCAAAGUGAAAAAACAAUCAGUUCUCGUUUUAUCAAAUAAUGUGUUUAGCAGCACUGCAACCUAAAGUACCCUUAAAGGGA